AUGGAGUCUGUCGUUAUUGGAAUCAACUUUGGAAGCACCAACAGCUCCAUCGCCGUCUUGGCCCCCAAUGGACACUUCAACGUCAUUGCCAACGCCGACGGUGAGCGCAUGAUCCCCUCCGUUGUCGGUUUCUCGGGCGACGAGGAGUUCUCCGGCACCCAGGCUCUCCAGCAGGCCGUCAGGAACCCCAAGAACACCCUCGAGGGUUUCCGCAAGUUGAUUGGCAAGAAGUUCGAGGAGGUCAAGGUCUCGUCGGAUGUCACUCACCCCGACAUGGUCUCCAAGGAUGGUAUCCCCGCCUACAAGGUCAACUUCAAGGAUCAGGAGCACAUCUUCACCGUCCCCGAGGUCGUCACCAAGCAGUUGCAGCACGUCCACGAGGAGGCUGAGGCUUACCUCGGAGCCAAGGUCACCGGCGCUGUUCUCGCCGUCCCCACCUACUUCACCGAGCACCAGCGUGAGGUUCUCUCUCAGUCUGCUGCUGCUGCCGGCAUCAACGUCUUGCAGAUCAUCCAGGAGCCCGUUGCUGCCGCUCUCGCCUACAACUUUGGACAGGCCCCCGUCAAGGGCGAUGCUCAGGACAAGACCGCUUUGAUUCUCGACAUGGGCGCUUCUUCCUUCGACGUCACCGUCCUCUCUGCCCGCAGCGGCAUUUACACCAUCUUGGAGACUGCUCACGACGAGGCUUUGGGAGGUGCUGCUUUCACCGAGCAGUUGGUCCAGUUGGUUGCCCAGGAGUUCAAGAAGAAGACCAAGGUCGAUGUUACCGGCAACAAGAGGGCUCUUCUGAAGAUCGCCACCGCUGCCGAGAUUACCAAGAAGCAGUUGUCUCGCUCUGCCAUGGCUCCUUGCUCGGUCGAGUCUGUUGCCGAGGGUUUGGAUUACCACGGAUCGAUCAACCGUCUCCGCUUCGAGUUGGCCUCGACCAAGCUCUUUGCCAAGUGCAAUGAGUUGAUUGAGCACAUCUUGGAGAAGGCCCAGUUGACUGCCGGUGCCAUUGACGAGAUUAUCUUGGUCGGAGGUGCCACCCGUAUGCCCAAGUUCCAGUCCCGCCUCCGCGAUAUCUUCCCCGAGACCACCAUGCGUCUGGAACAGGAGUCCGACGAGGCCAUCACUGUCGGAUGCGCUGCCCAGGCUUCGUUGAUUGCUGGAUUCGACAAGGAGGACAUUGUUGCUUCGACCAAGGAGAACAUCACUGUCACCCCCCACACCGUCAAGCCUAUCGGAGUUGUCGGUUCCAACGACGAGUUCAUCACCAUCAUCCCCAACCACACCCCUCUCCCCGCCAAGCGCGUCUUUGAGUUUGGACAGGCUGCCGCUGGCCAGCAGGAGGUCUACUUUGCCCUUUACGAGGGUGAGCAGGAUGCCCUUCCCCCCAAGAAGGAGAAGGUUGAGAAGGUUGAUAUCGGAUCUGAUGAUGAAGAGGACGAGGAGGAGGAUGAGCUCCCUGCCAAGCCCACCUUCCACAAGACCACCCUCUUGGCCGAGGUUGUCCUCAAGGAGUUGCCCGCUGGUGCCAAGGCUGGUGAGCUCAAGAUUGAGGCCACUGUCCAGGUCGAUAUUGCCGGCAAGACCACCAUCACCUUGCGCGAGAAGAAGAGCGGCAAGCAGGUCCGUGCCGAGAGUGCUUAA